ACUGUUUUGAAAUGGCAUUAUUUCUAUAUACAUUUGCCUUUAUAUUUCUUAUUUGGAUCAUAUAUCGUUGGUAUUGCCAACCGUAUGUGAGAUUAGCCCAACAAGUACCAUCGUAUAAAUUGCAUACAUUUCUUUGCUGGGGUAAAAUACCGAGCAGAGCAGAGGGUCUUCUACACUUAUAUGAAAAUGGUAAAAAAUUCGGUUCCAAUGGUGUUUUAUGGAUAGGACCAUGGCCGUUAUAUCUCACAAUUGAUCCAAAUAUACUAAAAGAAAUUUUAACAUCAAAAAAUUGUAUAGACAAACCGGCCGCAGCCUAUAAUGGAUUUACAUCGGUAUUCGGUCCAGGUUUAAUAACCGAAAAUGAACCAACCUGGAGUCAACAUCGUAAAAUAUUAAAUAGAGCUUUUACACCCAAAAAUUUGAGUUCAUUUUUUUCUAUAUUUCAUAAAGAGAUUGAUAAGGUAAUCGAACAGAUUCAAUUAAGCCUAGAUAAGGGGGAGGACAUUGAUAUGUUGCUGAUAUUUCGUGAAUUGACUCUCAAAAAUGGUUCAAAAACAACCAUAAAAAGAGAUCUAGAGAAAACGGAAUUUAAUUCAUAUGAUAUGUCAAAACAUGCCAGCGGAAUUCUAGAAUUUGCAGCUAAUGCUUGUCUUAAUCAAAUUCUUGGUUUGAAAUGGAUUUGUAAACUUGCCGAGAUCACUAUAUAUAGAAAUGCUAGAUCCGGUUUGAAAAUAUUUCGCAGACUGAUCAACGAAACUACAGAUAUAUUGCAGAAAAAUACUAUAACCGAUCCGAGCAUAUUACCCGAAAUACAUAGUGCUUUGGAUCAAGCUUUACAGGGAGAUCAACAAAAAACAUUCACUCGCAAAGAAAUCGAAGGACAAAUGUUUCAUUUAUUUAUUGGAGCCUUUGAAACGACAUCCACUACUAUGUACAUGACUAUUUCAAUGCUGGCCAUGCAUCCGCAAUAUCAGAAACGUAUUUAUGAAGAAGUAAUAAAUACACUACCAUUGGAUGAUAAGGAAAUUACUUUAAAUAUGAUCGAUCAGUUGACCUUUUUAGAUAUGGUUAUAAAUGAGACCAUGCGCUUGUUUCCCGUCAUACCGAUGAUUUUGCGAAAAGUUACAAAUGAAGAUCUCUCCCUAAGCAAUGGUUUGACAUUGCCUAAAGGUCAAAUAAUUUGUAUUGAUCUAUUUCGCUUGCAUCGUAGUGAAAAGAUUUAUGGUCCUCAUGCAGAUAAAUUUAAUCCCGAUAACUUUUUACCUUCAAAUGUUGCUGAUCGUCAUCCGUAUUCAUUUUUGCCUUUUACCAAGGGACAGCGAUUUUGUAUUGGUUGGCGAUAUGCUGGCAUAGUUCUUAAAAUUUCUUUGGCAAAACUAAUAAAAACUUAUAAAUUUUCUACAGAUUUUAAAUAUGAAGAUUUAGUUCAGCGUUUAGAGAAUCAUAUAUCAUUAAAAAUUGUUGAUGGACCACGUAUUCACUUGGAAAAACGGGAAUAGUUGUGAUAUGUUAUUGAAAUUGUAAUAAGUAAAUUAAAAUAUGUUAUUAUUCAGACACGA